AUGGCGGCGGUGCUGAGGAACUCCGGCGGCGGCGGCGGCGAGUGGGGGUUGCAGCAUACUACUGACACUGAGUCUACAGAAGGUAAUAAGGCUGAUGAGAAGAGAACUGAUAGUAAUGAUUCUCAGGACUUGGACUAUAUAGUUAGUGAAGAAUAUAGUGAUACUGAAACUUCUGAGGAUAGUGCAAAGGAAAAUGAUGACCAAAGUUGGAUGUAUGAAGACCUGGGGGGUCCAAAUGAUGAUAUUUUUUAUGAAACCUCACACAGAAAAACUAAAGGACCACCACCACCUAAAGUCAAUAUACCAGAUGAUGUUGGUUGGUAUUCAGAUGUUGAUGAUGAUGAUGAUGAUGAUGAUGAUGAAUUGAUUAGCCUGAAAGGAUCAUCAGAUGAGGGAGAUGAUGCUGGAUACCCAGAAUACAAAGAAGGGAUGAUGAAGGAUCCCAAACUUGUAGUUGGAAUGAAAUUUCCCAGUCCCCAAGUUUUUUGA